AUGGUGCUGCUCUGCGCUGAGCUUUUUUUAGUUGAUUGUGAUAUAAAUAUUCAGUUCACAGUUGAUAACGAUUCUCUCGAUUUUGGAAAGAAAUCUAAAACAAUGGGAAGAGUUAGAAAGAAAGUAAAACAGUUCUGUAACUGGGCCUUUUCUCGGAAAUCCGGGAAAACCCAGCAGAAGCAGAGCACAAACGAGAGCGACCUCGAGCCCCAGAGAUGUUCUGAUGAUGAAGCCGGACCAAGCAACGCCGCGUUCAUCUCUUACAUUUAUACUGGAGCUGAUGUUUUACCAAGCCCAGCACCACACAAACCAGAGAAGAAACUAAAGAGGUUCUGGAAAUGGUUUUCUCGGAAAUGCAAGAAAAUGACAACCAGAGCCCAACAGAGCCAGCUGAGCAGCCCACAGACUCAGAGAUCCCCUGAUGGUGAAGCUGCGUGUGUGUCGCCGAGGACAGUUCAUGACGAGCGGGUCAACAGGCGCGUGUCUACACAGACCCCUGUGAAGACCCCGUCAACACAAACUGAACAGCACGACGACACUGAAUGCUGGAACUUUUCUGUGUCUUCUCUAACCACUGCGGGAAACAGCGAAUCUGACCGCGCUUCAGUGCAUAGUAGGCACUCUUGCGCGUCUUCGCCUGGCACCCCGGAUAUCAGCGAAUCUGACCGCGCUUCAGUGCACAGCUGGCACUCUUGUGCGUCUUCGCUUGGCACCCCGGAUGUUAGCGAAUCUGACCGCGCUUCAGUGUUUAGUUGGCACUCUUGCGCGUCUUCGCCUGGCACCCCGGAUAUCAGCGAAUCUGACCGCGCUUCAGUGCACAGUAGGCACUCAUGUGCGUCUUCGCUGACCGCUGACAACCACAACGAUGAGGAAAACGCUUCCAGCGAGGACUCCAGUGUGUCCGAGGAAAGCACCUCUUCCUCAUCGGAUAGCGUUUUUUGGAAGACAGAAGAGAACACCCCAUUGAGUUUGGAUGGAAAGACAGGUCACAUCUAUAAGAAAUACAAAACCUGUCAUCUAAUAGGCAAUGGAACGUUUGGAGAGGUCUACAGUGGGACUCGUGUAUCGGAUUUCCGAAAGGUGGCAAUCAAAUAUGUGAAGACGAAAAAAUCAUCGAAAAGGAUCAAGAUUGCACCAUCUGACAAGACUGUUCCACAAGAGGUCGGUUUGAUGAUUUUGAUGAGCAGAGGGCCUAACGUUCCUCAAGUAAUACAGCUGCUGGACUGGUAUGAGACACAAAACUACUACGUACUGGUGCUAGAGCGUCCCAAAUCAUGUGUGGACCUGCACCAGUUUAUAUCGUGGCAUGGGAACAAAAUCAGCGAAGCGAAAGCACGAGUGGUGAUGCACCAGGUGGUCACUGCUGCCAACGCAUGCUGUGAAAGGGGCGUCUACCACAGCGACAUCAAGCUGGAGAACCUGCUCAUCAACCCCCACACCUUUCAAAUCAAACUCAUAGACUUUGGUGCUGGAAGACUAAUGAGCGACUUUGGGUACACAACAUUCUGUGGCACAAGAGCUUAUGCUCCUCCGGAGUUUUUCAAGUGUGGAAGGUUCCACGCCAAGCCUGCAACAGUGUAUUCUAUAGGUGUGCUGUUGUUCAUCAUCCUGUGUGGACGUUUGCCUCUAAAAGAGCUCCACAAGAUCGUCAAAAGAACCUGGGAGCCUGACGACCUAUCCAAAGAAGCCAUAGAUCUGAUCUGCUCGUGUCUGCAAAGUAAGCCAGCCAAGCGGAUUCCUCUUGAAAAGAUCCUCCUGCAGAACUGGUUCCAGGUCUUGAUCCUGAAGCCAAACAACAAAAGGAACGAUUAAGAAGAUCAGAACAGUAUAGAGGGAC